ACCCCCACCCCCAAAAUUCCACCACACAGACGCGAGACUGCCCUUCUCCGAUCUGAUCUGGGUACAAUGAUGCCUGCUGAUUCCGUAUCCGGCGAUUGAAAUGCAGUCCCGCAACAACCCACUGACCCCGCCAUUUCCCUUCAGUCCGUUACUGCUCUUGAAUCCUGCUGCCGGUGGCGCUGAGGAUUUCGGAGAGGGAGGAGGGUUCGACUUGUCGAGGUUCUUGUUCUUGGGCUCGCUGCUCUUUUUGCAGGAAGGAGGUGGGAUGGACUUGUCCAAGGUCGGAGAGAAGAUUUUAAGCUCCGUUCGCUCUGCUCGCUCCCUUGGCCUCAUCUCUUCCCCCUCUGAUCGUCCUGAGGUUCCAGAACGGGUUGCAGCAGCUGCAGCUGCAGCUCGCGUUCUUGCUGAGCUACCAGAAAAUCAGAGCCUUGACUUCUAUGGCAAUAAAACUAGUGGCCAAGCUGUGGAUGAGCUUGAGAAGGAAUUCUAUGAGGAGGUGUUUGAUCCAGUUAGAUUUAUUUUGGAACAAAUUCCCUCUGAAGAAAAUGAACCAGCAUAUUUUGAGGAAAUGGCUGCUCUUCGACUAGCUCAACUGGAGAAAAUUUCCGAGCACUUGUCACACCAUGUGAUGGAACAUCAUGAAGAAAUGGUGAGGGGGAUGAAUCUAGUAAGAGAACUAGAGAAGGACUUGAAGAUUGCUAGUGUUAUUUGCAUGAAUGGAAGAAGACACCUUACCUCAUCAAGGACUGAGGUUUCCAGGGAUCUUGUUGUUACAGAAAAUUCUAAAAGGAAGCAAGCUCUUCUGGACCUGCUCCCUAUCCUUACUGAGCUUCGUCAUGCCAUGGAAAUGCAAAUGAAUCUUGAUGCUUGUGUAGAGGAAGGAAAUUUUUCUAAGGCUUUCCAAGUACUGUCCGAGUAUUUGCAAAUUCUGGAAAGUUUGUCUGGCCUCACUGUGGUGCAGCAGAUGAGUCGUGGUGUGGAGAUUUGGUUGGGAAGAACUCUUCAAAAGCUGGAUUCGCUUCUGUUUGAAGUGUUCCAGGACUUCACGAGGGAUGGCUAUCUCACUGUUGUUGACGCAUAUGCUUUAAUUGGAGAUGUGUGUGGUCUAGCUGAAAAAAUACAAAGCUUCUUCAUGCAAGAGGUUCUCUCUGUUAGUCACUCUGCGUUAAGGACCAUAUUGCAAGAGGAUGUUGAGAACCCCAGCAUCCAAAUUAGUAGGCUUACCUACAGCGAUUUGUGCGCUUUGAUACCUGAAUCCAAGUUCAGACAAUGUUUACUAGCCACACUAGCCGUUCUCUUUAAGCUAAUGUGUUCAUAUUAUGCAAUAAUGAGCUUCAAUCUAGAAGAUAAGGCAUCAACUCACCCUGCACCCCUUGGGAAGCAUGGUGACUUAUCUAAUGUUGUGAAAGAUUCUGCAAAGGAAGUUUCGUCUACCUCAAAAAUUAAAGAAAGCUCAAACACGGAAUCAACUGAGAGCGAAAUCCAGUUACCUUCAGCUGAAGUAAUGCAAAAAAGUUCUGAAUCUGUAUCUGGAGCUACUGGAACUCAUGGUUCCAAUCCCAUGGAUCAUCCAACUAACGAGGGAAGAGAUGAUGGAAGUGCAGCAUCAAGUAGUGGGACCUCAUGGUUUUUACUACGAAAAGAUGCAGUGACAUAUGUUUCACAUACCUUGCUGAGAGGUCGUAGGAACCUUUGGCAACUUACAACAAGCCGUCUAUCAGUCUUACUUUCUUCUUCAGCGGCUUCUUCAACUAGCAUUCAUCAAUUUCUUAAGAACUAUGAAGAUUUGAGUAUCUUCAUUUUGGUUGGGGAAGCUUUUUGUGCUAUACAAGCUACUGAGUUCCGCCAGAAACUUAAAUCCACCUGUGAAGGUUAUUUUGCUGCUUUCCAUAAGCAAAACAUUUAUGCCCUAAAGCUGGUGAUGGAGAAGGAGAAUUGGAAGAUAAUGCCACGAGACACUAUUCAAGUAGUUAGUUUUUCAGGCCUGGUUGGUGAUGGAGCGGCUCUGAUAGUUUCAUCUGAUAGUUCUAAUAUGCGAAUGAUGAAUGACAAUAGAUCAGUUGGUCCAGCUGUUAGUGGGUCAAGUCGAGGCGGAUUUUCAUAUUGGAUGGAAAAUGGAAAUCCAUUUUUAUUUAAAUUGAGUGGCUCCUCUGAAGAAUCUCCCAACUUCUCUCGCUCCAAUGGUUCUUCAUUACAAGGAACUAAAAAUAAUGAUAAUGCGCCGCAUCACACUAAAUCUUCAACGGAGACUGGUGAUGUAAAUCAUGUUAAUGGUGCUCUGCUUUCAGAAGAGGAAAAUGAAGAUCUCCUUGCAGAUUUCAUUGAUGAAGAUAGUCAGCUUCCUAGUCGUGUUUCCAAACCAGGUUGGUCUAGACAUAAUGCUUCAUGUGGAAAUGAUGAUGAUGUGACGGCCCAAACAGGAUCAUCCCUUUGUCUCUUAAGAUUGAUGGACAAGUAUGCACGACUGAUGCAGAAAUUAGAGAUUGUAAAUGUUGAAUUUUUUAAGGGAAUCUGUCAACUAUUUGAGAUCUUUUUCCACUUUAUAUUUGAGUCAUUCGGUGACCAUAAUUCUCAACCUAGUGGGAAAACCUUGAAUGACUCUCUUCCUUACAAGCUCAAGACUGCAUUAUCAAGAGUUGCACAAGAUUGUGACCAGUGGAUAAAAUCCCAAUCCAUAUCCAUUUCUUCUCCACCUUCAACAUCUACAACUCAAUCAUUUUCACAUAUGGAUGUCACCCCAACAAGUCCUCCCUCUCGCCUGAAUCACACAUCUUUUGGACUCAAGGAGAGAUGUGCUGGGGCUGACACUAUAUCUCUUGUUGCUCGAUUAUUACAUAGAUCUAAGGCCCACCUUCAAUCGAUGCUUCAGCAGAAUAAUGGUUCAAUAAUUGAGGACUUUUAUGAUCAUUUGGUGGAUGCUGUUCCGGAACUUACACAGCACAUUCACAGAACAACAGCAAAGCAGCUGCUCCAUAUUAAUGGGUAUGUUGAUCGUGUUGCUGCUGCUAAAUGGGAGGUGAAAGAGCUUGGAUUAGAGCACAAUGGGUAUGUUGAUUUAUUACUGGGAGAAUUCAAGCACUACAAAACGAGACUUGCUCAUGGGGGCCUUCAAAAAGAGGUUCAAGAUCUCCUCUUGGAAUAUGGGUUGGAAAUUGUUGCUGAAACAUUGGUUGAGGGCCUCUCAAGGGUAAAGAAAUGCACUGACGAAGGGCGAGCCCUGAUGUCAUUGGAUCUUCAGGUUUUGAUAAAUGGCCUAAAGCACUUUGUCCCAAUUGACGUAAGGCCAAAAAUGCAGAUAGUAGAAUCUUUUAUCAAGGCGUACUACCUUCCAGAAACCGAAUAUGUCCACUGGGCACGUGUUCAUCCGGAAUACAGUAAAAGCCAAAUUGUUGGGCUCGUAAACCUCGUGGCAGCAUCAAAAGGCUGGAAGAGGAAAACCAAGCUCGAAGUGUUGGAAAAGAUAGAAUAAUCCUCAUAUGGAUCUAGCUGCUACUAUAUUGUGAGUCUGUUUGGUGAUUCCUCGAUUCCAUAUUUUAUACGGCACUUGUAAAAUGGACGACCUGCUUCGAUUUAUGUAUGAUCUAUCUUGAUUUUUUUUUUUCUUGGUGUCUCCUUUGUAAAAUAUUAUACAUACGUAUACACAUACAUAUAAAUAGAUAUCCUCUUGCUGUUGAAGUUAAUUACUGCUGUUGUAUUGAAUCAAGAAAAUUGAGGGAAUAAGUGCUGAUAAUGAGUUCUUUAUUUGUUUC